AUGAGCCUCGAUAACGAAACCAAGGCGCUUGGCGCGCAUGCUAAGAGUUCCCCGGCCUACGAGCCGGGCGCCCCCGGUGACCAGGCAGCUGGUCACCAGAUCAGUGUCGACUUGGAACACGGCCAGCUUCAUCGGAAUCUGAAGGGUAGACACAUGCAAAUGAUUGCCAUUGGUGGUGCCAUUGGCGCGGGUCUCUUCGUUGGUUCUGGCGGUGCUUUUCAGACCGGCGGGCCUGCCUCCGUGUUUCUUGGUUUCUUGAUUAUUGGUAUCAUGGUGUACCUCAUGAUGCAAGCAGUUGCAGAGCUUUCCGUCGUAUAUCCGAUCAAUGGCGCCUUCACCAUAUACAUCUGUCGCUUCGUCGAUCCCUCCUUUGGGUGGGCGUGUAGCCUCGAGUACGCCAUCAGCUGGCUGACCGUCCUGCCCUUCGAGAUAUCAGCUGCUUGCAACAUCAUCCACUACUGGCCAGGAUCGGAGGGCAUCACCAACGCCGCGUGGAUCGUCCCGCUACUUGUCGCCUUGGUCGUCGAGUUUGCUCUCAGCCUGCUGAAAGUCACCGCCUGUGUGGGCUUCAUCAUCCUGGGCAUCAUCAUCAACUGUGGCGGCGUCCCGACGGAUCCCAGAGGCUACAUUGGUGGGAAAUACUGGAACGAUCCCUAUAGCGCAUUCCUCAACGGCUUCCACGGCUUCUGCAGCGUCUUCGUCACCGCGGCCUUCGCCUACACCGGCACAGAGCUGACCGGGCUGGCUGCUGCCGAGACGGACAACCCCAAGAAGGAGAUCCCGAGGGCGUCGAACCAGGUCGCGUGGCGCAUCGGCAUCUUUUACGUCGUCAACCUGCUCCUCGUCGGUCUGAUCGUGCCCGAGGACAGCCCCUUGUACUCGGGCGAAGGUUCUUCCUCGCGCCACUCUCCCUUUGUUAUCGCCAUCCAGCUUGCGGGCAUCAAGGUUCUGCCGUCCAUCUUCAACGCCAUCAUUCUCAUCGCCGUCAUGAGCGUAGCCAACUCGUGCACCUUUGGUUCGACUCGCACACUCCAGGCUCUGGCUGCAAAUGGCAUGGCCCCAAAGUUCAUGGCCUACGUCGAUAAGAAGGGCCGUCCUGUGCCUGUGGUCAUCAUUCAGCUCCUCUUUGGGCUGCUGGCAUUCAUCAAUUUGGCAAAGAAUGGUGGAGACAUUUUCACUUGGCUCCUAUCAUUGUCCGGUCUGGCCAUUCUCUUCAUCUACGCCGGUAUCGCCCUGGCUCACAUCCGCUUCCGCGCAGCCUGGCUUGCCAACGGCCAUUCUUUGAGCGAGCUACCCUAUCAGGCUUCAUGUGGUGUCUGGGGCUCGUGGCUGUGCUUCCUGAUCUGCGUUCUCGCCCUCAUCGCUCAGUUUUACGUCGCUCUGUAUCCAAUUGGCGGCCCAAACCUGGAUCCUACCACCUUCUUCCAGCUCUACCUCGCAGGUCCUCUCCUGAUCUUCCUGUACUUGGUGUGGAAGGGCUACAGCUGGUUCGCUGUGCCCGAGCACCGCCCGCUGUUCAUCAGGACAAAGGAUAUUGACAUCUACUCGGGCAUGAGAGAGGAGCAGCGGGCCAUUAUCAGCGGCUCUGGUGUUCUCGGAGAGCAGACCCGCAGUAGCAUCGAUGCGAUGGAGGAGGAAAAGACGAAGAGAGGCGUUAAGGCUUACAUCAUCGGUGCUAUUCGAAACGUUAUCUAA